UCUCAAUCCUCCGCUUCUUAUCCUAAUCCUAUACAGGUUGGGAAUAAUAACACAAUCCCGCCCUCGCGGCCCCGUUGAUACGGCUAUAAAAGGUCGAUUAGGUUCCCCUCGCCUCCAAAGAACAAAAGAGAGGAAAGAAAGAAGAUGCAAGCCUAAUGGAUCCGAAUACUGAGUUUGACGACGGGGUUCCACGGAAGAACUACGAGCUAAGCGGCAAGAUUAUGCUCAUCACCGUCGUCGUGCUCUUAACCGCCACCCUCCUCGUCCUCUUCCUCCACCUCUACCUCCGGUGGCGUGUCCUCCGCCGCAUCGCCUCCGCCCGCCGCCGCCUCCGCCACCGCCUCGUCAUCGCCGGCGAGGCCCACGACGCCCUGCGCCCCGCCGAUCGCGGGUUGGCUCCUGACGUCCUGGAGUCCCUUCCCGUCCUCGUCUUCUCAGCCGCCGCCGCCGCCGCCGCCGGAGGCGAAGGAGAUGGGGCGGAGGUGGUGGAGUGCGUGGUGUGCCUGAACGAGUUCGAGGAGGGGGAGAAGGUGCGUUCCCUCCCGCUGUGUGGUCACCGAUUUCAUACAGAGUGCAUUGACAUGUGGUUCCACUCCCACGCCACCUGCCCCCUCUGCCGCGCCGCCGUGAAGGCGGCGUCGCCGCGGGUCCAUACCACCGUCCCGGUGCGAGUACUGCCGCCAAAUCCUUGGGAGGCGGCGGCGGAGGAACGAGCUUGUUCGCCCUCCUGUCUGUGCUCCAGGUGCCGAGCGGAGGGGAUCGGGUCUUCGUCGACUACGUUGGGCGGUCCGGAGCUGAGGAUCGAGAUACCGGCGAGGUGGGGCGAGGGGUUCAGGGGAUCAGAAGAAGAGAUAGAGUCAGGAUUAGGGUUGGGAAUGCCGGGGGUGCAGGGUACGAAGUCGCCAGGAAGCCGCAUGCAGCUGCUUACGAGGCUUCUAAGCAGAGAACUGAGGCUCCAUUGCGACGGGAAUUCGGGCGGGGAACCGGAUCUGGAGCGGGAGGAAAGGGCGGAGCGGUCUCCUCCGCCGCCAUCCCCACCACCACCUCCACCGACGACGGCGGCACUUUAGCAUGAUAAGGGGUUGAAGGCGUCGCGGAAUGGCAGCCGUUGACGGUGCACGCGUGGCGGCUCGGGAAUGACAUAGCGGCGUUAAGAUUCUUUUGUCUAUUGCCUUCAUGGACUUUUUCUUUUUUCACAAACGACUUAGUUCAAAAAUAGAGGAGGGAGUGGGUC